AUGUCCAAUUCAUCGUCUUCCGAAUCCCCGCAUAAGCCAUGGACCAUCUGGCUCUGUGGGGACCUCGUUGACAUUUCUCCUCCAUAUGACACUCCCAUCUCCAAAACGCUUGAUGCCCUCCGCUAUCACAUUCUAUCCUCGCCCAUUCUAUUGGACAUAACCGACUUGACCUUCGAUGACCCUCAAAACCGCGCUUCUACCCCUUUCCGCGAGCGUCUAUCGAAAGUAUCACGCUGGUUAAUGGACGACCCGCCGCCCAUCGAAUUCGGAGACACCGGAGAGGCCUACGCUAAUGUGAUUUGCCCAGACGGUAGUGCGAUGAACGUUCUCGGGCCAGUCAACCAACAACAUGAAGUCAAGUGCCGCGAACAACCCCGAAUACGCGUGGCCAAACGGUUCUACGACGAAUUUGCCAGACUAAACCAGGGUAUCGUUAUUCCUGGUUCCAGAGACCAGGCUUGCCUCAAUGUAUUGACUUUCACUGUGGCAUGGACAAUCCUUCACAAACUUGCGCAUGCUGCUCGAUCAAUUAUUGGUUGCUCCCCGUCUCCCGACAAUGGAAUGUAUCGGCCAGUCACAGGUGCAGCGCUGCAAGAGCAGGUUGCCCACACUUCAGAUAGAUCCCUUGUGAGGCAUGGAGAACAUGGGUGGGCGCUUGAGCGGCGGACAUGUGGCGAGACAUGCCUUGUCUUCAACCAUAAUUUGAUUACGCUUUCAACAUUCGAUGCACAACAAAUUCUAGGCAUAAGUGUUGAAGUCUUGGUGGGACAAUUCCACUUUAUUUCAGUAAAUGAUAAGGAUGUGUUAGCAAAACUGGCCGCCAUUGACUGGAAAGAUAUCGUGGCAACUGUGAAAGCGCAGCCUGCGUAUUCAAACCUUUCCACGACAUCCACCACGGUCCUCCGAAGCGCCCCGUUAACGCCACACGCAUCGGUGAUUGACCAUCAUUGGCAGUCUUCGACAACGGCGGAAGAGCAGAUUUCUCCUUCCCCCGCGAUGACAAACUUGAACGGAGAACCAUCAGACGGGAUAGACGGACUAGCAGGGCAUUGGAAAGGCUUUGAACAGCGGUUCGGUGGUAAACGGUUGGCAAAGGUUUGUGAGGUGCGGAUGUCGUAG